AACAAAUCGCACUUCCCCUUAUAGCGGGAGUUCGCAUCUUCCCGUCACGAGACGCGGACGUGUGCAGAGAAAGAGUCAGCCGCAUUGAAUCGUUUCGUAUUAAUUGACCGGUACGUUAUACGACAAUGUGAUAAGAGUGAUGUUACAUGCGAUAAUGGCCAAGUUUCAUCAAAAUAUGGUAGCCAGUAAUAUUACUAUGCCCCUUAAGUUACAUGUCGGCCCAAAUGAAGAAUGGCGAGACGAGCUUCACUUGGGAUACACCUAAGUAGAACUGAAUGAGUAACAGGUGUGUAAAUGUGUGCCCAGAACGUUUAUGAUUAAUUGGUGUUCAACAUCGAGUGCGUACUACAGUGUUGGCAAUUGUAGUUCAACUGCCGUACGUUAACGGCAAUGCCACUUCAACAACUUGUGCUACACUUGGAUAUCAUACUACAAAGUUGAGCCAAUCCAACUCUGUUGGAUAUGCGUGACACAGAGUGUUGUUCCGCAAAAUUAUUCGCUGACUUUAAUAGGUGGUAAGGGAAAAAAGAAGGGUGCCAGCUGAGAAUGUUUAAGACGGUCGCUAUCGCUGACUGACAAUAACGUGGGCCUCUAACGUGCGUUUCAACCGUUGUCAUAAGCUAACGGAAGAAUACCGGCAGCACGGAGUUACAACGACACGAAAACGGUAGGCACGCAGAGCGACCGAAACAGUGGUCAGGUCAGUUGUGAGAUUCCAGUCAGAACGUCAGUCGUCGAGGAUGACCCGUUAUGACGCCCGCGCUUCCGUAAGAUUAAUGGCGUUUGUUUGCGAAGGUGGAUUUUCUUCGGGAACCGGUGUAGGAAUGCUGUUACUCUAUGCAGGAACAAUUAGCCGGGCAACCUACACGUCAGCAUUUCCGGUUCGAUUGACGGUGGCGUUCGUGAUGUUGGUGGGACUCGUUCCGAGCCGUCUUGCGGAUGAGCAGGAAUACCGUCUGACCCGUUACCUAAUGAGCAACUAUGAUCUCGCUGUCAGACCUUCUGAAAACGCUUCCCUGCCUCUUCAGGUUAAAAUUCACGUCCUCUUGCAGAAAAUACAACAACUGGAGUACGAAACGAACACCGUCAAAGCUAGUUGGAAGGUAAUUCAGCGCUGGAAUGACGCCCACCUUCGGUGGAAUGCCUCUGAUUUUGGAGGUAUUGCGGUACUUCGAAUUCCCUCCAAGCAAAUCUGGAAACCUGAUGUCGUCUUGCUCAAUGGAAACACUGCGGAAGUACGGGAAAGCCAUGCAGUCGUUCAUAGCUCAGGAGAAGUUGUUCUCCUGGAAGAACGAAAUCUUCAUUCAUGGUGUCACUUCGAUAAGUUGCACCUAUUCCCGUUUGAAGUACAUCUAUGUCGACUGGCCUUCGCAUCUUGGGCGUACGAUGCCUCGCAGAUCACCAUGGACGCCCAUUCAUUCGGCGUUGACGGCGAACUCUUUGUGCCAUCACUCGAAUUUGUACAUGAAGUGAGUUCCUAUCCAUCGUCAACCUCUCUUUCCUCGUCCACUUCAUCCAGCUCAUCAUUUUCUUCCGCUUCAAUAAUAUCUGGUAUUGACUCAAUGGCUCGCUCGACGGUUCAGCUCCAACUUAGGCUGUAUAGACGCAGCCCUUUCGGCCAACUGCUGUGUCUUCUUCUACCUGUUGUGCUGGCUAAUCUCAUGGCUGUUGUGGCAUUUUUUGUGCCAGCGGCUUCCGGCCAGAAGCUCACCAUAUCGACACAGAGCCUACUCAUUCUCUGCGCUGUCCUCGUCUAUAUGCAUCGUGCGAUGCCAACAAUGGCCGAGCGGGUGCCCCUUUUAGUGAUUUACGCAGCGUGGUCAGCUGCGGUCGUCGCUGGAUCACUCCUAUGUUCGGUACUAACGCUCAGUAUCCACAGUCAGUCGGGCUGCCGUCUACGACCAACGCCAGUUCCACGAGGCUUCCGCCGUCUUGUUAGAGUCUUUGCUAAAAUCUUCGUAAUGGACUGUUGCGGAGUACAAACCUCCGACGCUACGUACUCACCCAAGAGAGAAAAAUCUCCGCUGGAUACUCCGAAGGCCCCCAUGGAAUUCACGACGGACCAUAUUGAACAUUACAAUUUCUCACCAUCGCUCCGGUCGCAUCGAAAACAGUUUCUCUUCGACGCGGCGGCACCGGCUACGGGAACUAUUGCGGGAGAUAGUACUGGAGUUGGCGUCGGCGGACCGAGGGGAGGAAUGAGCGACGUUGGCAGCAGGGUCGGUGAGUGUGGGGCCGUCAGCGAUCUUGUUGGGCAAACGAUGUCCCUUGUUUGGCAAGCACAGGCUCCACCGAUGUCAAGGUUAAACGACACGAUGGCACGCUUUGAUGAGCGUCUUCGUGAAGAUGAACGUCGACGUGAUAUUCGUGAAGAAUGGAGAACCCUGUCGCUCCUGUGCGACCGUGUGUUUUUAGCCGUUUUCUUCCUCAUCUCCGCGCUCACCGCAGCUUUUGUGCUUAUCUGUUCUUCGUAAUAGGGGGCAGUACAACGAGAUGGCGCAGUGUAGGAGCCAACUUAAUCCAAUAGAAUAUUCGCCAUAGAGCAAAUAAGAACAAAAGCCCACGGUAUCAUGUUAAGUUCGGCAGGACCU